AUGGCAUCUUCUAGAGGCAACCAUCCGACAACAACCACAACAACAUCAACUCCGUUCGACUUGCACAACGACAAUCGUGCCACGCAACAACAAAAACAUUACCAACAGAGACAAAACUUUUACCCAUCUAACGAUUUGUACUACAAUUUCCACAACCACCACCAACACCAGUUUCAGCAGCAGCAGCAACAACAGCACCAACAACAACACUGCUACUACCCUCCUUACAUGCCACACCUGAAUUACCAACAACAACUUCACUACCAACAACAGUUUCUGCAACACCAUCAACUCAAACAGCAACAGCAGCAGCAGCAACAACCUCACAACAAUCAACAACUACACAAACAACAGCAACAACACAACAACCACAAACAACAACGUAGCAAGGACAAAGAUGAUUGCGACGACGAGGAUAAUCGUGAUCAGACAUAUGAUAGUUAUUUCAUCCCAUCGGCAAACAUUAACGGAGCCUACAGAGCCACCAAACCACAACCAGCGACUAACACUAACAUUUAUUCAAAUAUCUUUCAAUGUAUUCACUGA